AAACGAAGCCGCGCGGAUGGAAGACGAGAGUGCGUGCGUAAAAAAAGCAAACGGCCAGCAGAAGGCAGAAACAGUACGAUCGAGUCCGCGAGUGGUGAAGUGAUGUGACCAAACCCGCAGAGAGUAGUGAGCGACUGCAAUGUGAUUGUUGAAUGUUGGUGCGAUUGGUAUACUUGAGAUCAUCCAACAUCCAGAAGCAAGAUUGAAGCAACGGUUGUAGCAGCGGCAACUAACAUCAACCAGCAGUUGCAACAACAGCAGCGGAAGAAGAACAUCUCUCAGUUUUCGAUCCUGCAUUUGAGGAGGAAACACUGGAACAAACACGGCGUCGUGCGGAGGAUCAACGCGUGCGCCGUGCGUGCAAGGAUCGAGAGUGUGAGGUUGCGAGAGUGUGAAUGCAUAUCGCGAAUGUUGGUACGAGCAUAUUUUGGUCGGUUCUGUUUGAGGGUUGUCUGAGAUCUGACUGAGAACAACAACAGUACAAGAGUGCCGUGAAGCGUUUCCGAGGUGUGUGAUCUUUACUUCUGUUAGAGCGCAAGUACAGCACAGGCUGCGAACGUGGAACAUCAAGUGGACAUUUCAAUGUAAGCUACCACACGGCCAUCAAUCAAGCAACAGAUCUACGAGCGUGCGAGUGGUGCGAGAGUGAAUUCAAACGAGCGCGCGGAAGUUUUGAGCGUGUGCGACAAGUCAAUACUGAAAGAAGAGUGCGAAGUGCUAUUCUCUGCGGUAUUCGGUAGUUUGUAAUUGUGACUGUUUUUAUACCAUUGCUACAUCUAGUUUGUAACAACGAGAGUGCGUGCGUGAUCGACCUACCGAACACCAUGUCUAUGGUAAUGGUGCGUAUGGAGGAAGCCAACAAGCUUCUGGACUUCUCUCAAAAGCUGGACAUCGGUCUGCUGGAUAGUGUAGUCGAUUGUCUCUACAGUAGCACCGGAGAACAGUUGAGGUUAGCGCAGAACAUCCUCACCACUCUGAAGGAACAUCCCGAUGCAUGGACCAGGGUUGACAGUAUCUUGGAAUUUUCUCAGAAUCAGCAAACCAAGUUUUAUGCACUGCAAAUCCUCGAGGAGGUCAUUAAGACGCGCUGGAAAAUCCUGCCACGCAACCAGUGCGAGGGAAUCAAAAAGUAUGUUGUUGGGUUGAUCAUCAAGACUUCCCAAGAAGCAGCCGUCAUGGAAGCAAAUAAAGUUUAUCUAAAUAAGCUUAACAUUAUUCUGGUACAAAUUUUAAAACGGGAAUGGCCGAAUAACUGGGAAACAUUUAUCAGUGAUAUCGUCGGAGCAUCCAAAACAAAUGAAACGCUCUGCCAAAACAACAUGAUCAUCUUGAAAUUAUUGAGCGAGGAGGUGUUCGAUUUUUGCUCAGGCCAGAUCACGCAGACCAAGGCCAAACAUCUUAAAGACACGAUGUGCAACGAGUUUUCUCAGGUAUUCCAACUGUGUCAAUUUGUUUUGGAAAACUCGCUGAAUGCUCCGCUGAUAUCUGCCACUCUUGAAACAUUGCUGAAAUUUUUGAAUUGGAUUCCCCUCGGGUAUAUUUUUGAGACAAAGCUAAUCGAUAUGUUGGUUUGCCGCUUCCUAACGAUACCCAUGUUCAGGAACAUUACACUAAAAUGUCUCUCGGAGAUUGCGGGCCUGCAGUUGGCCAACUACGGACACAUCUUCGUAGCGAUGUUCAAGCAGACGAUGGAACAAUUCGACACCAUGAUUCCUUCUUGUACGAACAUGAAUCAAAUCUACAUGAAUGGUUCGGAUGACGAGCAGUGCUUUGUUCAAAAUUUGGCUAUGUUUUUGUGUACCUUCCUGCGAGUACAUUCGUCGCUUGUCGAGAAACGGGAAACGAUGGACACGGUGCUCAAGGCUCUGGGCUACCUGGUAAUGAUCUCGGAAGUGGAAGACGUUGAAAUUUUCAAAAUCUGUUUGGAGUACUGGAACAGCCUCGCUUCGGACCUGUACAAAGAGUCCUACAGCUCUAGCCAGCGCCGUACUUUCUAUGCUAAGAUUUUGUCCAAGGUGCGCUACAUUAUGAUCUCGCGGAUGGCCAAGCCCGAGGAAGUGCUCGUCGUUGAGAACGAAAACGGCGAGGUGGUGCGUGAGUUCAUGAAGGACACCAAUAGUAUUAACUUGUACAAGAAUAUGCGAGAAACGCUCGUAUAUUUGACGCAUCUGGAUUACGCUGACACCGAGCGUAUCAUGACGGAGAAACUGUGUCACCAGGUGAAUGGUUCCGAGUUUACGUGGAAGAAUUUGAACACACUCUGUUGGGCUAUCGGGUCCAUUUCUGGUGCCUUUUUCGAGGACGAUGAAAAGCGGUUUCUGGUCACGGUGAUCAAGGAGCUGCUUGGACUCUGCGAACACAAAAAAGGAAAAGACAACAAAGCAAUCAUAGCAUCGAAUAUUAUGUACGUGGUAGGCCAAUAUCCACGAUUUUUGCGGGCGCAUUGGAAGUUCUUAAAAACGGUCGUCAACAAGUUGUUCGAGUUCAUGCACGAAACGCAUGAUGGCGUACAGGAUAUGGCCUGCGAUACUUUCAUCAAGAUUGCUUUGAAAUGUCGGAGGCACUUUGUCCAACUUCAGCCCAACGAAUCGUGUACCUUUAUUGAGGAAAUCCUUGCCACCAUGAGUACGAUUAUUUGCGAUCUGCAACCACAACAGGUUCAUACGUUCUACGAAGCUGUUGGUUACAUGAUUUCCGCCCAGGUUGAUACGGUACAACAAAAUAUUUUGAUCGAGAAGUACAUGAUGUUGCCAAAUCAGGUCUGGGACGAAAUUAUUUCGCAGGCGACGAAAAACGUCGAUAUUCUUAAAGAAAUGGGUGCCGUCAAGCAGCUGGGCAGCAUCUUGAAGACUAACGUUCGCGCAUGCAAAGCUCUCGGCCAUGCGUAUGUUUCCCAGCUCGGUCGGAUCUAUCUCGAUAUGUUAAAUGUGUACAAAAUAAUGUCGGAAAACAUAACGCAGGCGAUUGCUCUCAAUGGCCUGGCCAUCAAUAACCAACCGCUGAUCAAGGCGAUGCAUGUUGUAAAAAAAGAAACGCUCACACUCAUCUCCGAAUGGGUGUCCAAAUCGAAUGACUCACAGAUGGUGAUGGAGAACUUCAUCCCGCCGUUACUAGAAACGGUGUUAUUUGACUAUCAGCGCACGAAAGUCCCGAACGCUCGAGAACCGCUGGUGCUCAGUACGAUGGCCUCGAUUGUCAACAAACUGCAGGCGGUUAUCACCCCGGAGAUCCCGAAAAUCUUCGACGCCGUGUUCGACUGUACGCUGGACAUGAUCAAUAAGAAUUUCGAGGACUACCCGCAGCAUCGGACCAACUUCUACGAACUGCUACAAGCGGUCAAUACGCAUUGCUUUAAGGCGUUCCUUAGCAUUCCACCGAAUCAAUUCAAGCUGGUGUUCGAUUCGAUAGUGUGGGCGUUUAAGCACACGAUGCGAAAUGUUGCUGACACUGGAUUGAACAUUUUGAUGCAGAUGUUGCAGAACCUCGAGCAGCACCCACAGGCGGCGCAAAGCUUCUAUCAGACUUAUUUCACGGAUAUCCUGAUGCAAAUCUUUUCGGUUGUUACGGACACUUCCCAUACGGCCAGCCUGCAGAACCACGCAACCAUCUUGGCUUAUAUGUUUUCGCUGGUAGAGGCCGGUCGGAUAACGGUUAGCCUCGGGCCGUCGCAGGACAACGUGUUGAACAUCCAGGAAUACGUUGCGACGCUGCUCAAGUCCGCCUUCAGCCAUCUGACCGACAACCAAAUCAAAAUUUUCGUCACUGGACUGUUCAACCUUGAUCAGGACGUCCAUGCAUUUAAGGAACAUUUACGGGACUUUUUGAUCCAGAUUAAGGAGGUGACGGGUGACGACGAUUCGGAUCUCUAUUUGGAGGAGCGCGAGACCGAGCUUAAGAAAGCUCAAGAAGAGAAGAGACGAAUUCUGAUGACGGUGCCUGGUAUGAUCAAUCCGCACGAGUUACCGGAAGAGAUGCAAGAUGAGUAAAAAGGCCGAACCUGAACGAAUAGUUGUGUGAUGGUGAUGUUGGAAUCAGUGGAAAGUGUAUUCGUUUGUAGAGUAAGAAGUAAGAAUAGAUCAGCGGUGUGAAAUGGUUGAAGUAUUGAAUUAGGCUUUUUUCUCUGGAAAGAAUUUAUAUUUUCUCUCUGUUUUGUAACAACAAUAAAAAAUGGAAUGAGUUUAAUGUUAUGGUCUGAUUUCUGCAAACUAGAAAUAGUUAUGGACCCAAACACAUUCAGCAAUUUUUCGUCACAUAAACUACUAUACAUAGAAACAAAUCACAGUAGAUCCGCGCACUGAUAAACAGAAGAAGCCAAAAACAUAACCAGCAACAUGCAGAGAAACAACACAGCCACAGAAUAUCCCAGCAAUAGAUUUAAAUGGUUAAUUAUGAUGCAAAAUGAGUAAACAAGAAAACUUAAGCCGCAGUUUCCCAAAUGUUGGUCGUUUCGUGUCGUUGAUGAUUGGAAGCAGAGAAGGAAGUACACAAUUGCAGCAAAUUUACUUUCUCUGGGCGGAGCAGUUUGCGUGAGGUUUAUAUUUUACAUGCAGGAAUAAAGUGGAAUCCCAUUUUCAUUACAUAUUUUACUACUACACAUUUAUUUAUAUAAGCUGCAAAACAAAUUAAAUAGUUAUUACUUUUCGGAUUGAUGCGUGUUGGUAUGUAUGAAAUCUGUUGUUUACUAUUAUACACAUUAACUAUUUUUGCGAUUAAAAAUACGUUUUACUCAAGUUUUUUUUUCAAUUAUAAGAGCGUGAUUAGGCUAGCAGCUAUGUACCUACUAAUAGCCAACAGCAAGUGAAAGUGGAGAUGUGAUCGUGUGAGAGCAUUUGAUCGCGCAAAAUUGGACCUGCAUCAAUUUUGUUCCGAAUUUGGUUUGGUUUUGGAGCGGCAGAUUUGAUUUCAGAUUAAGAAGUCGUGGUCAAAAAGCUAAGGAAAGUUUGUAAGGAUAUUGCGGAUCGAGUUUUGUCGGGUUAGGAGUUUUAUGCUGAAUGUAGAUUAUAAAAGUUUAUUAGUAAAACACACUUACAACAUGUGAAUCGACAGAAUGGAUAGAAAGAAGCACUAAUAACUUAUAAGAAGGAUAGAAUUGAAUACUAUAAUAAUAGCGAGUACAUGGUGUAAACGUUUGUAGAGAUUUGGAUAGCACAUGCGAAGGAAACCCAAGUCUACGAUACAAUAAUAGUUGGAAAAGUGAGAUACUAAGCUAUGUUUUUUUUUCUCUAACGAAUAACAAACAUUUACAAAAAAGAAGUAACAAAAUGUAUGCGUGUUUGAAUGUUUGUUCGUGUGGAAUCUUAAUCUUGAAUACAUGAAUCACUAGGCGGAUGUUAAAACGCAGCGCAGGAGCAUAACACGUGAGAAAUCACAGAGAGAAAAGGAUAACAUUUUUUUUUCAACAAGUUACAAAACAAACGAAUAGAAAACGUUGAAAUUUAUUAGCGUGAAAGCACAUUGUGGAUGAAUUUUUGAUGCAUUACGAAUUACCUGCAGCAAAAUCAAGCGGAAAAUAAAGCCAGAAUCAUUUAUUAUCUCAUGUAGAUCGUA